GUAAAGGAAAACUGGAAGAGUAGAAGAAAGGGUAUGCUACGCAGUUUGUUGUUUCUCCUGCUCUCCCUCUCUCACUCCCUCCUGAAGCUAGAAAAAGUUUGCAAGCGCAGCCUUCGGGAUGGGGGAGAGAGCUCUUCAUUUACAGACCAACAACAAGAAGCGCCCGCUUCCCCCCUCCGGAUCCGCGCCGCCGCGGAUUUUCCCCUCUCCGGAUGAUGGAGGGCAGCCGGCGAAACCCAGAGAAGCGUUAGCCCUGGCGGAUCCCGGAUCCUGGAUCCCGCAGGGAUCGAGGAGGAGCGCGCAGCUUUCUCUCUCUCCCGCAAAGCCUCCCCUCCCUCCUCCUCCCGGAAGGGAAAAAGGAGAGCCCGAACCUCUAAACCAACCUUACCCCACCCCCUCUUCCUGGAGGAGCUAAAGCAGAAAGUACCGUUCUGUGAUUCACUGGACAAAAAAGAGGGAGGAGGCAGCCACGAAAUCCCAGUGCCAAAACUAAGUAAGUUAGCUGACACAACGCACCCAUCUUGCAGCGCCUCGGCCGGGUGCACCCACUCCGCGGAGACCAAGUGGGCUCGAAGUGGAGUGGCCACCGGGGCAGGAACCCGCUUCGCUCCCUCCGCGCUCCAGAGGCCCGGAGGACUUGGUGCCCGAAGUUCCUGCAGAAAAAGGGUGGUGAGCCGUGGAAAGAGAUCAGGAAACUGGGCUUUUAUUCCCCCUUACUUCGCCGCCUAGUGUCGGGGAGACUGGCAAACGCCUUGGAGAGGACCGGGAGAAAUAGAGAGCCCUGGAAAAGUGGAGAAAGUGGUCAGGAAGUCGGUCCACUUCAGGCAGCCGUUUAUCUGUCAGGGUAAGAGCGCGGUGCGGCUGCUCAACCCUCCCCCUCCCCCCCCCUCCCCCCCCCUCCCCCCAGUGCCUUCCAGGUGAGGGGACCGCCGGACCGCCGAUCCCCCGACCUGCGUGCGCGCGCGGCUGCCAGAACCUCGCUCCUCAACGUCAAGGGCGCUCUGGCCACAAAAGGUCCCUACCCAAGGUGAUUCCUUGCUAGACUUUUUGUCCCGAGAACUUUCGGGUGGAAGCCUUCACUUUUUUUGUGUGUGGAAGCUACUCAGGGGAGCGAGGAGGAGGAGAGAGUCAAAUCCGACGGAAAAGAGCAACUCCUUGUUUGUCCGACGUCCCAUCACUUGUGGAAGGUUGAAGUUGUUGGAUGUGGUGACAGCCGAGAGGAGCGCAGGACUUCUUUCCAGGUGGGGACCGUCCACCGCCUGUGCGAUCUACCCCUCUCCCGCGUGCAUGUGUGCGUCGGCGGCCGCACCGUGUGCGUGGUUCUGCGAGUGGAGUCUCAGCCGGGACCCAAGUGAAUGGCCCCCAGGGGGUGUGCGGGGCCCCCGCCUCCGCCGACUCCGCCGGCCUGGGUUUGGCCCGGAAAGAUGCUAGCCAUGGGGGCGCUGGCAGCUUUCUGGGUCCUCAGCCUCCUCACCUACGGUUACCUGUCCUGGGGCCAGGGCUUGGAGGAGGAGGAGGAAGGGGCCUUGAGAGCUCAGUCUGGAGAGAGGCCAGAGCCCAGCACAUCUGCCACCUCCCAACCCCAUCUCAUUUUCAUCCUAGCGGAUGAUCAGGGAUUUAGAGAUGUGGGUUACCAUGGCUCGGAGAUAAAGACUCCUACUCUUGACAAGCUUGCUGCCGAAGGAGUUAAACUGGAGAACUACUAUGUCCAGCCUAUUUGCACACCGUCCAGGAGUCAGUUUAUUACUGGAAAGUAUCAGAUACACACCGGACUUCAACAUUCUAUCAUAAGACCUACCCAACCCAACUGCUUACCUCUGGACAAUGCAACCCUACCUCAGAAGCUGAAGGAGGUUGGAUAUUCGACACAUAUGGUUGGAAAAUGGCACUUGGGUUUUUACAGAAAAGAAUGUAUGCCCACCAAGAGAGGAUUUGAUACCUUUUUUGGUUCCCUCUUGGGAAGCGGUGAUUACUAUACACACUACAAAUGUGACAGUCCUGGGAUGUGUGGCUAUGACUUAUAUGAAAAUGACAAUGCUGCCUGGGACUAUGACAAUGGCCUAUACUCCACACAGAUGUACACUCAAAGAGUUCAGCAAAUCUUAGCUUCCCAUGAUCCCAGAAAGCCUAUAUUUUUAUAUAUUGCCUACCAAGCUGUUCACUCACCACUGCAAGCUCCUGGCAGGUAUUUUGAACAUUACAGAUCCAUUAUCAACAUAAAUAGGCGGAGGUACGCUGCCAUGCUUUCCUGCUUAGAUGAAGCAAUCAACAAUGUGACCCUGGCUCUGAAGACAUACGGUUUCUAUAACAACAGCAUUAUCAUCUACUCUUCAGAUAAUGGCGGCCAACCCACAGCAGGAGGAAGUAACUGGCCUCUCAGAGGUAGCAAAGGAACAUACUGGGAAGGGGGCAUUCGAGCUGUUGGCUUUGUGCAUAGUCCACUUCUGAAAAACAAGGGAACAGUGUGUAAGGAGCUUGUGCACAUCACUGACUGGUACCCCACUCUUAUUUCACUGGCUGAAGGACAGAUUGAUGAGGACACUCAACUGGAUGGCUAUGAUGUCUGGGAAACCAUAAGCGAAGGCCUUCGUUCACCCCGGGUGGAUAUUUUGCACAACAUCGACCCCAUUUAUACCAAGGCAAAAAAUGGCUCCUGGGCAGCAGGCUAUGGGAUCUGGAACACUGCAAUCCAGUCAGCCAUCAGGGUGCAGCACUGGAAACUGCUUACAGGAAACCCUGGCUACAGUGACUGGGUUCCCCCUCAGUCUUUCAGUAACCUGGGGCCAAACCGGUGGCACAAUGAACGAAUUACAUUGUCAACUGGCAAAAGCAUAUGGCUUUUCAACAUCACGGCUGACCCAUACGAGAGGGUGGACCUAUCUACUAGGUAUCCUGGAAUCGUGAAACAGCUCCUACGGAGGCUCUCACAGUUCAAUAAAACCGCAGUGCCUGUCAGGUACCCUCCCAAAGACCCUAGGAGUAAUCCUCGGCUCAACGGAGGAGUCUGGGGACCAUGGUAUAAAGAGGAAAACAAGAAAAAGAAGCCGAGCAAAAAUAAGGCUGAGAAAAAGCAGAAGAAAAGUAAGAAAAAGAAGAAACAGCCGAAAGCAGGUUCAUUUCCAAAUUGCCAUUCAGGCGUUUGCCAUUAUCUUAGAUAAGUACAAAUUUUUUUCCUGUCUGGUUAAACUGAAGUCGGUCUUAGUCUUUUAGCUGUUUUCUAGAGAGACCAGCAAAUUUGGCUCAAUAAUUUUACUGCCAGAAGUAGCAGCCCUGUUUUCAUGUUGUGCCACUCCAGAGACUGCUGCCACCUGGUCGUCAUGUAGAAGACAGUUCUGUUUUGUGCCAAAGGUGCUACCCUUGCAAGCCACACUUAGAGGAGAAUGGAGAUGCUGAUUUCUUUUGCUCCUUUACAAAAAUGGUCCUUAAUCAGUGCAACUGUUGUGCUUUCGUCAACUGACCAGACACUAUGCUUUAAAACUGCGAUCAACGGACAUGGUAAUUUGAUGGAAGUUACAGGGUAGCAUGAUUAAAAACUACCUUUGAUAAAGUACAGUCAAAGGUUGCAUCACCUGAAAGGCCUUGAAAGAUACGUUUUCUUCGUGAAUUAUUGUAUCUCUGUCUUAUGAUACUUGGUUUUUGAAGUUAAUUCCAUUUCACGUAUCAUUUCCUUUCCUGUGAAAAUAAGCUGUUGCUCCCAUGUAAACAGCUUGCACCUCAUUCUGUCAUGCAUGAGGGAAUGGCAUAUAAGAAUGUUUGAGCACACUGCCAAAACGUGAAUGUAACUAUUUUCUAAACACUUUAAUAGAAUGAUGUUUCAACGUAAAGUAUGUAAUUUAUUUUUACAGAAAAAAAUAUUAAUUAUUUUGUUUUCACAAAAAAGUUAUACAAAUAACUUUUAAUUAUUUUAUUUUUAUUUUCUAAAUACUGUUAGAAGAAUUUUAUUUCAUAUCUUCAAUAUUACCAAGCACUGUAGUAAUAUAAAUUACUGUAAUACUGGGUGAAUUCGUAAAAGAUAAAAAGAAAACUAUUCAGCAAAAAUGAUACUCAUCAUUGUUCAGCCAUUAUUUGAAUGUAAAAAGAUGAAUAUAUUCCUUACAAAUUACUUGGAAUUCAGUGUUGUACAGGGUUGAAAGACAACUUUAUUGUCUCUAUCAUAAUAAACACCUUAUUUAUGUGUCUUUAUUAUUAAAAUGACUUAUUUUAUGGCACUAGAAACUUUAUUGUGGCUUUUCUGAUCUAAUUUCUAGAUGAAAUUAUAUUCUUCAUCUUAACAACAAACAUCUUUAAAAUAGGCAAUUGCAGGUAUGAUUUGCUAACUACCAUAGUAAAUAAUAUGGAUUUUUUCAAAUAGGAGAUGUUUCCACUUGGCUAUUUCAUAGACAAAAAUGUCCUUUUGUUAAUGAAUAACAUUUAUAAUGAUCCUACUCUUAUAUAAAGUGGACACACUGGGGAGACAGAGAGAAAUGAAGAUAUGGAUCCUACCUGGAAUAAUUAAAAAUCUGGUUUGGAACUCACAUGUGUGAAUACCAUGAGGAGGAUUAAAGGAGCAUGAUCUUGGGACACCUGGGUGGCUCAGUUGGUGGUUAAGCCUUCGACUCGCCUCAGGUCGUGAUCUCACAGCUUGUGAGUUCUAGCCUGUACCGAGCCCUGUACUGAGCCCCAUACUGGGCUCUGUGCUGAGCAUGGAGCCUGCUGAGAUUCACUGUCUCUCCCUCUCUCUCUGCCCCUCCCCUGCUCCUGCUCUCCCUCUCUCUCUCUCUCAAAAAUAAGUAAAUAAAUUUAAAGAAAAAAAAAAAAAGGAGAGCAUGGUUUGUAAUAAAAUUUAUCAUGGGUCAUCAAUGGGCAUAGAUUAAUGUGGCUCCUCUGUCUGCCCUAGAGUUUUCUUUAAAGUGACUUCCCCUAAUACAAGGGCCUCUAAGCCUCAUACUCAACACUUCAAAAAUCACAGA